AUGAACCUUGGUCCGCUCGACAGGCGCCCCUCUCAACUGAGCUCUUUUCUUGAGCUCAUCCUUAAAGAUCCCCGAUUGGCAUCAGCGGUGCGGGUCUUAGCCAUUGGCUCACCUUUUGGGUAUGGAGGCGUGGCUGAAUCAAAUACCCUCUCGCCUCUUACCCGGUCAGCACUAUCAGGUGUCUGUCAUCACCAGGGAGAACAGGAUCAGUGGAGUGAAGACCUCUUGGGAAGCAUCAAUGAAGACCCUGGGGCGGGCCAUCAGCAGAGAGAAACCGUUCCUAGAGAAACCUAUCUUCUCAUCACUGUCCCAUAUUUCCAUCUCGUGGUACGAUGUAGACGAGGGAGGUCUCAGGCUAUACCGCGUCUUGCCGUUCUUCAAGCUUCCAUCUCUCCGCAGCUUUCAUGGCGGCAUAAUCACACGGAAGAUUACCCCGUCGAGGACGACCUCUGCGAAACUGAUUCUGUAGGCGAGGUCGAUAGUCCGCAGAGCGAGAAGCCUUUGCUCCGCACCUCGAAUGUCACAGAAAUCGAGUUUUCUGCGAGCAAUGGCAAACGAGGCAUGUUCGAUGCAAUCUAUUCUUGUGCACGCCUUGAGUUAUUUAAGUAUGAACAUGCCGACGGAGGAGUUCCUGGAGACUUCUUUGACCCAUGUGCAUUUCGUAGGUCUCUUGAAGGGGCAAAGUCAACCCUCCGAAGCCUCUGGUUAGAUUACGAUUCCCGCCAUUAUUCCCUGUGCACCGAAUCCGAGGAUAGGUACUUCGGAUCUCUGGUCGAGUUUACAGCACUGAGGAACGUUCAUCUCAGGUACACCCAACUCCUCGAUAUGGGUAUUGAUGCUAUCACCCCGCCAGCCACCCCUCUAACGGACACUCUUCCAUUUACGCUUGAGACUUUACGCAUUGCAGAUUGCUUUGAACUUUUACUUCCAAUUCUCGUGUCGCAACUUCAUAUGGUAGUUGCCAACCGACAAGAGCGGACGCCUAAUCUUGUUGAGAUAGUACUUCGAGGUACAUUCGGCGAUCGGGAGGCUCCCCAGGACCACUCUACUUGGCCGCGAGUUUACAAGAUCAAGCAAGGAGUCUAUGGGGCCACUGGAUCCCUCCGGGCAUCAUGUGAGGAAUCCGGUAUCAGAUUUCAUAUUGAGGAUAAUCCUAAUUGA